GACCCCAACACAAACCCCUCAAACUUUCCUUUCCUCCGUUAAGGUGAACCAAGUUACGCCUGGAGACGUGAACAGGCCGCCGAAAAGCACAUCUCCAGACGUUCCUGAGCAGAUGGUACCAUUGGAAAGCUACUAUUACGGUACCAUAGAGACCUACACGAAAACACCGACGAUUACUUUAAAUAUGAAGUGUCCGUUUUGUAAGAGCGUGUUCGACAACAACGUUCAGCUGAUGAGCCACUUGUUCAAGCAUGCGCACAACGUAUCUAUGGACGCGCAGCUGUGCAGGUACUGCCUGACCAGUGUUGCCACGGCCAACGACCUCCUGAAACAUAUAGCCACAUCACAUCCAGCCGAAACCAAAUUCGACAACGGAUUCUGCUGUUUGAUUUGCGAAACUCCCUACAUGAAUCCGUUCAUUCUGGGCAAACAUAUGUCCAAAGAACACUGUCCGAGCGAAUUGCCGUAUCAGUGUGGCACUUGCGGCUAUCGUUGUUCCAACCACAAACAAGCCAUAGAUCAUUUCUACAAAGCACACGACAACGGACCCACCAUACAGUGUCCCUUCUGUUUGAAAUCGACUACGGUCUUUACGUCAAGCAGAAAUAUUGUACAGAAUAUGAACUACUUUAUCCAGCACUUGCAGAAACAUCAAAGGAAAAACUUAGCUCGUCGAUGCGGUAAGUGCAACUCGUGGUUCGUUCAAAAAGACGCACUCAACGACCACCAGAAAAAAAUGCACAUUUCCCAACGGGGCAAACCCGAACUCGUUCCAUGGACGGCACCUCGAAACGGUAUUAUGGUUCCGAAGUCAAAAAUGGAUAAAUAUCCCGUGGACGCUGAAGUUAUCGAUUUCGACGCCCUAAAGUUAGAUCUGAGCAAAGGACUGAUGUGCAAAGAGUGCGAUACGCCGAUGGAUACGCCAAAACACUUUCCAUCGUUUGAAAGCUGUCAGAAUCCGAAUUGUCAGUAUUCAACUUGUUGUACGAAUGCAAUGCAAGAACACAACGCCAAAUGUAGCAAAACCAACAACCCCAUUGCCGAAGAGAAGCUUCCGUUCGAGAUGUUCUGCAUUUGCGGAUUCAGUAAUAUUGAUGGUAAUCAAAUGGCUAAGCAUCUCGCUACCUGCGAGAGGAAAUCCGCAUAUCCUUCGAGAACUGACGCCAGGUCUGCAACGGUGACACACAGCAUGUUGGACGUCUUAGGGUUAGUAAGAAAAGCAGAAGAAAUUCCAAAACCGACCGAAAAUAUUAAAUCAGACGACUCGAAGCCCAAGCCAAGAACGGAAAAAAGGAAGAGGGCAAAGAACGAGGAAGAACCUGCAACAGAUAGUGAUAAUGCAAAGAAAGACAUUGUUGAAGUGAACGAAAAAGAAGAUGAAACGGAUAAUAAUAAGAGGAAAAGAAGGAGACUUCAUAUAUAUGAAGUUGGAAAAAAGAAAGAAUCAACUAGUGAUGUUGUAACUGUCGUGGACGACAAAGAUGAAGUUGAUAAAAAAGAUGGUGAAGAUAUCCAAAAAGAAGAGACGAAAGACAAACCUGAACCAGUUGAAAAAACAUCUGAAGAAAAAAUAGAAAAUAAAGAUGUAGAACAGCCACUAUCUGAAGAUAAAUCAUCCGACUUGAAAUCUAAAGACGAUACACUCGAAACGGAGGAAAAACUAAAACUAGACGAUACUGCAGAACCAAUGGACACAACUGAAAAUGUUGAUGAAAGCGUCACAAAUACAACGAAAGAUGCUGAUGGUGUUAUACCCAGUGAAAAUGUUGAAACUGAAGAUUCAGAAAAAGAACAAUCUAGCAAUCUUCAAAAUCAUGUUGACGAAUCAGAAAAUACUUCAGAAGAAAAACAGGAAAGCGAAGAAGUCAAAGAAAAUCUGGCUGACUCUAAUGACGAUAAGUCACAAGAUACGGAAGCAGUGCACAAAGAUAAUGAAGAAAUAAAUCUGACGAAAGAAAACGAAUUAGUAGAUAAAGAUGUUACUGAAAUAAACGAAGAGGAGGAAGAUAUAUCGUCUAAAAGCAUUGUGCAAGAUGAAGGCGAUGAGAACGGUGUAGAGAAUGAAACAGAUAAUAAAUUACAUGAAGAUGAAGGUGAUAAUGAAGAAUCGAUAAGUGAAAACGUGUCUGAAGACAAAAAUGACGACAAUUUGGAAGAGAAAUCGAAAGAAGAAAACUUAGAAAAAGAAUCAAACGAAGAAGAGAAUUUAGAAAAAUCGAUGGAAGAAGAAUCGAGAGAAAAUGAAGAGAGUCAAGAAGAAGAAUCUCAAGAUAAUAUCCAAAAUACGAAUAAAGACAAGGAAGAAAUUGGAGAUGAAGGAGAGUCAAAAGAUAAUGAAUCUUUGGAUGAUAAGGAAUAUAUCGAAGAGAGUCAGGAAGUACAAAAUAAACACGAGGAAGAGGCUAAAGUAGACGACGAUGAACUUAAAAUGCAAAGCGAAGAAGACGCUGAGACGCGGGACGAAGAGAUGGAAGAACAAGAAGAGAAACAGGUGGUUGACGAUCAAGAAUUGGAUAAAGAGGAUGGAACGACAGAAGAUAAAGUUGAUGGAACCAAAGACAAAGAGGAGGAAGUUAAUGAAGACAAAAAGGAAGAUAUAAACGAAGAAAAAGAGGAAGAUGAGGCUGAAGAAAAAGAGGAAGAUGAGGCUGAAGAAAAAGAGGAAGAUGUGGCUGUAGAAAAAGAGGAAAAUGUGGCUGAAGAAAAAGAGGAAGAUUUGGCUGAGGAGAAAGAGGAAGAUGUAGCUGAAGAAAAAGAGGAAGAUUUCGCUGAGGAGAAAGAGGAAGAUGUAGCUGAAGAAAAAGAAGAUGUGGCUGAAGAAAACGAGUUAGAUGUGGCUGAAGAAAACGAGGAAGAUGUGGCUGAAGAAAAAGAGGAAGAUGUGGCUGAAGAAAAAGAGAAAGAUGUGGCUGAAGAAAAAGAGGAAGAUGUGGCUGAAGAAAUGGAGGAAGAUGGGGAUGAAGACCAAGAAGAUGUGAAUGAAGACAACGAAGACGUUUUAUUGGAAGACAAAGAGGAAGAUGCAACUGACGACAAAGAGGAAGAUGUAACUGACGACAAAGAGGAAGGCAACGUUGAAGAUAAAGAAGUGGUAGCUGAAGAAUGUGAAGAUGACGAUGAAGACAGAGAGGAAACUAAUAAGGAUGAAGAUGACGACGAAAGCGAAGAAGUUGUGGAUGUACAUAAAAGUGAACAGACAAAGACAAAUAAAGGAGAUCUGAAUGAGGUUACUGAAAAUGAACAGGACGAUUUAGAAUGUUCAGAAAAACAAUCUGAAGACUUAAAUUCCUCAGAAAAACAGUCUGAAGAUUUGGACAUCUCAGAGAAGCAAUUGGAAGACAUGGACGUCUCAGAGAAGCAGUCGGAAGACUUGGACGUCUCAGAGAAGCAGUCGGAAGACUUGGACGUCUCAGAAAAGCAGUCUGAAGAUUUUGAUGUUUCCGAAAAACAAUCCCUAGACUUUGAAGGUCCAGAAGACCGCGUUGAUCUUCAAAACCACGUGACGGACGACAGUACGGAAGCAACAGAACGACCUGCAAACAAACAACCCGAGUUUUCCUCUGACGACCUACAUAAUAUUUUAUCUGGCGUGGUGGGUGAAACGGACAGUGAUUCAAAAAAUCCCGACGAUGUAACGGAGAUGACGACCGUUGCGGAUAGUGGUGGGGAGGGCUCGACUCCGAUGGACACUGAUUGAAGUGCAUAGAGUAGCGAAUAAUACGAUGUAUUUUUACGAUUCAAGUAGCGAAGGGCAUUUGGAAGGUAUUUGAGUCAACAUAGGAGAUGUACUGAAUGUAAAAAACAGAAAAUAAAAAAUAGGCAUUCAAUACUCAGAAAUACGGUACUGUAUCAGUCUGCCUCGGGAAAUUUACAACUUCAUUCAAUACAUAUUUUUAGUUAGUCAUUUAGUAGUCAACUCGGUACUUUUUACAAAAUUUUUUUUAACAGAUCGUUCUCACACAGCAGCUAAAGUUAAUAUAUAGAGCAGUAAAGUUAUAUAAUUUAAUUUGUGAUAAUGCAGAUACAAUUUCUGAGUAUGAUAAAGGUCUCUGAUACCGAACACACAUUAAUAAAAACAGUUGAGCUUAUCUUAAUACGUAUAAGGUUUUUCUAAUUAAUUUCGCAGUAGCUUAUCUAAUAAUGGUUCAAUUUUAUGAUAUCGCGACUUUGCAGCGUUGGCAAAACUUCGCAGGGUGAGAAGAAAUCUCUAAAAUUUAAUUUUGCAUCGUUUAAUAUGAAUUUAAUUUAGAUUUCCAAUUUAUUUAAUGUUUACAAAAUUAGAUUCAAAGAUGUUCAAAAGAAUACAAAAGAAUGUACACUAAGAUACUUGUUGUUUUUGGACCGCUGAAUACGAAUCCGGCAUCAAAAUUUGAAUAUUCAAAUUGGCCGAACCAAUAUGAGCGAAUAAACAUUUUUUCAAAAUUAAAUAUUGUUUUUUUGAGUCACAGAAUACUAAUUUGGUGCUUAAAUUAACAAAAUUUGAAGUGGAACACCAAAAAGUAUUCAGAAUAUUCCCAAUUUUUUUUUGUAAAAUUAAAUUUUUGAGAUUUUUGAGUUGCUAAAUGCGAAUCGGAUGUUACAACUUAAAAUAGCGACCAAAAUAUAUUGAAAACAUCUGAAAAUGUUUCUAGGCAUAUCAAAUAUGGCCAUUAAAAAUAAUAAAAACAAUCACUGAAUACGAUUUUGCUGUCAAAAGAUUUUUUCGUACAAAUGCAAUUUUUAUGUUUUUGGUUUGAUGAAAGGAAUCUCAUGUCAAAUUUUAAAAGUUGAUGUCUGACAAUAUGGCGGUGCAAGAACAUUAAAAAUACUUUUAAUUUGCUUUAGAAUGAGUUAUUUAGCUUUUUUGUCAUUUAAUGUCAUUUUGGAUUUAUAAGUAGUUGAAAGUGCUUUGUCGGCAUCAGAUAUGUCAUUUACACACAGAAUUAGUAGGAAAACUGAACGUAAAGCCAUUUUAAUACUCUUCGUAUUAUGAUAAGCUCAAGAUGUGUCCAAGUACUUACUGUAAUGUGAAGUGCAAUUGAAGAUUUUAUAUAAAAAUGAAAAAUUUCUAUUUAAAUGUUUAUCUUGAUAGUUUAUUUGUCGAUAUUUAUCUUUUGGAUAUUGGAUGUAUCAACAUUUUGUCUCGAAUUAUCUAUACCUACCAACCCCUUCAUGCUUUUAUGCUGUGGAUGUUGUUUUAUAAAAUUAUUAGUCCAGUUACGAAAAUAUUUAAGGUCUUUAUACAUAUCUUCUAAUUUUUAACACAAAAAUGACUUCCAUCUUUAAAUAUUGACAUGGAAUGGAGAAGAAGGUCUAGACAUAGUUGACAAAUGACAGAUUACUUCUAUCUUCUAAUUUUAAAGGUACAUUAACGGAUUUCUUGUUACCGAAGAAGUCACAUGUUAUCGUGUAUGUUAAAAACAUGACGGAGGCACGUGACAGUUGACACAGAAACUCCAAGAAUAGUUGACAAAUGACAGACAUAUAUUUUUAUAUAUUUUAUCAUUUUCAAAAAUAGAUUUUGUAUUGAUUUGUUAUCUUUAAAUCAGUUCCAAUGUAAAAAUUGCCACAACAUGUGAAAGUUGACAGCUGGAUAGAAGAGGAAAGUCUAAGAAUAAAAUUGACAUGUGAUUUAACAGAAAACAGACUAGCAAACAAAAGUAUCUGAUUGAUGUGAUGAUUUUUAACAGCAGCUGUUACAGUGUCAAAAUAUUUUGUUUAUCUUUGCACCACAGAACUAUUUCAAAAAUAUUUUUUUUGUUUUUAUUUAAUUUUAAAAAUCGUAGAGGAAUACAUUCUGUAUUUUCAAAAGUCAAAAAUAUUUGUAUAUUAUUACGGGAGAAUGAUUUUAUCAACAUCAUCCACGCAGCAGCAGAAUAACAAAUUCUUUUCUAAACGAAAGGCAAUGAGAUGAUGGUUUUAAAAACCUUUAGCAGGUUCCUAGUAUGGGAUCGUUCUGAGUAGACUGAUAUUUGGAAGAAGUUUAUUGCCGACGCUAUAAAGAGAUGCGGAUAAAAAGAUGUAGUUAUUGUGGCUUGUUUAACCUAUUUAUCAGCGUUUCGGGCGGCUCGUUAUUGAUUAGGAUUCUGGAAAAUAGACUAGUUAUAUACUAUUCAUUUGUAUCUUGUACAUGCAAUUUGGUCACAGUUGCUUCCCAACGUCACUAUGAUUUGAAAGUAUUUUUGUAUUUUAUGUAGUGUGCGCUGAAUAAACGCCUUAUUUCUUUGUAAAGUCUGCCAUUUACUUUACAAAGAGUCAUUUAUUUAAUCUAAAAACCUUCGGAGCCUUAGAGAAGUACCAAUAUGGAUCAGAGAAUUUUUUGUUGAUAAAAAAAUUCCGUGUCCAGCAAAAUUUGAACCAGCGACAGUAUUCGGAUAUAAUAAACGUCUCUAAAGACAACUAAACCGCCUUUAUAUAAUAACAAGGCAUUUACUCUACACAUACGGUGCAUAAAACUCGAGAACUACUCACAAAAGGUCUAUUUUGCGAAACCAUUACUAAUUACAAAGAAAAGACUUUUUGUAACGAUAUAUCUCUAUACGGAUGUGUCAUAUCUUUCCCAUUUGAGCCUCCAAAGACUUUGUAUUUCAGGUUUGUUGAGAAUGGUGAAAAAAGCAGUUACAAAUUAAAAAAAAAGUACUAGUUCGCUGCUAUUACUGCUGUGGACAUGUCACAGGCAUUGCGGCAAAGGCCAAAGUGACCUUCCAGAGAGCUAGUCAUUAACUGAACGGCCACAUGUAGCUUAAAGACCGUAUUCUCAUUCGUCCAAUUAAUUAUUUUAAUAGGGUUGUCUGAAGUCUUUUUGUUACCCGCAUAGUGUCAAGUUUAAUAUCUCUACACGUUUGAAAUAGUACUUGAAUAAAGAAAUAAAGUUGUCAUAUAUGGUUUAUUGAAGCUGCAACAACUACACAGUCUACAUCUCUCAAACAAUGUUGUAAUUAGGUGUUUCCUGUACAUAGUAGCUUGUAAGAGAUUUUUUUUUGUAAAAAAGUGCUGUUCUAUAGAUGUAAUCAUCCGCAAGUAAAAGACUCGAGGAGGUUAGAGUGGUUAGAGUUUAUGGAUAUUUAAAUAAAUAUAUAAUUUUCCAGAGUGUGUUGGAAAACUUUGUCGAUUAUGAAAAGUGUUUGCUUUACUCAAAGUUUAGAAUGGCACGAUUGAUAAAAGUAGAAAACUUUUUAUAUUCUUCCAAGGCUAGUUGUAAAAAUAGGCAUUGGUCAAUGUGUAAGCACAACACACUAUUUUAUUUUCCUCCUAAUGCUAUUAGCAUCCGUGAUUGGACAUAUUGUUCCCUCAAUAUACAUAAAUCCCUGCUUCAUCAUCUAUUUUACUAAACUUCCGAGUCAACGCUUUCUGGACCGUCCCAACGAACUUUUUUCUACCGGUAUAGUUGUUGUUAUUGUGUUACACAUAAUCCAAGGAUAUGAUAGUAGAAGUUAUAAGGGCGAAAAAUGACUAGAGAACAUGACGCCUUGUUUGUUAAUCCCAAACACCGUCCAACGCUAGACAAGAUCUCUGAGGUUAUUUGUUCGAAUUUUAUAUUUUUCAUAUUGAUUUACAGCUUCAAAAAUGUUUGGAAUUGGUUUAUUUUCCAUAUUUUCAGCAGAUUUUUGUGUUCGUCAACGAUUGCUUAUGCGCCUGAACGACUUUUUCAAAAUUUGUCCUCUACAGUCAAUUCUACUUCAGC